AUGUCUGUGACGCUGGCGGAUCCGUACCGAGAUUAUGCGCUUGAUUAUGCCCAACAUGCUAAACCGGAGGGGCAUGAGAACGCACUCGCCUACCAAACGCAGCAUUCGCAUCUUCAACGUCAUAAAGAGGCCAAAUCUCCGUUCCCGCAGGGGACCCCAAACAGCACGACAUACGAGCAACAUCAUGCAAGCACGACCGUUCUCCAAGCAGCAAAUCCUGACAUUUCCCAGUCCAUUGUUCUCACACCAGCGCACAUGCUCCCUAGACAGCUUCCGAUGCAGUAUACCCCUGCCACCUUCGAGAUCCCACCAGUUCAACGCGGCAAGAAGCGACCCCAUUCCGAGGCGGAAGGCGAAGGUAACUACGGGGACCAUGGAGUUCGCCCGCGCUUGUCAGCGCUUUCCACGCAGGCAUCUACAGAGACGGCACAAUCCCCACGGAUGCUCUUUUCUGUCCAAGGCGAUUCUUCACAGCAACAAGCACACCAUCAACAGCAACAGCAACCGCAACAACAACAACAACACCACCACCAUCACCACCACCAUCAUCAACCGAUGUCGAGCCACAGAUUCGGGCCGCCUGAGUCGAUGGCGCUGCCCCAACAACACCACCACCAUCGUCUACCCCCGCAGGCAUCGCUUCACUCUGCAGAGCGGCAUGGCAUGAAUGUGGAAACGUCUCCUAUUCAGUCUGGUCCACCAAGCGUGGUGGGCCAACCAGGCAUGCCUGAUCCGGCUCCCAGGCCUCGAGGUCCGAAACUUAAAUUUACACAAGAGGAGGAUGCCUUACUGGUUGAGUUGAAAGAGAACAAGAACCUGACGUGGAAGCAAAUAGCCGACUUCUUUCCCGGUCGAACGAGUGGCACGCUGCAAGUUCGUUAUUGUACCAAGCUGAAGGCAAAGGAUGUUACAUGGACGGAUGAGAUGGUUCAACGACUACAGCGUGCGAUACAAGAGUACGAGAAUGAUCGAUGGCGAAUAAUCGCAGGGAAGACUUCCGGAAAGGGGGGAAAUGCUACACUGGUGUUUGUAGUGCACCGUAGAAGCUCCGCAGCCAAUCAGUCGGGUCUGCUGAGUAAGACGCAGCGCACGACUCGGGAGGUUUGGGCGGCUCUCAGUCAGGUGCUCCAGUCGUCAGCGGGCCGAAACGGCUUCAAACUCACCUCGAACCUCCAAACUCCCUCUCCACCAACCCUCCUCCCUCCACUCAUCCAGCCGCGAUACCAUCAAUUGUCCAGGACAAUGUUCCUCCAACGCACAGCUUUUGCCCUUGCAAGGCGCGCCCCGGUCAGAGCCAUUGCUGCUCGUCCUUUUUCCUCCUCCGUCGUCCGCUGCAACAAGAAGUAUGAGGUGAAGAAGGAGGGCAAGAUUCUUCCUUUUGAAGAUAUCAAGGGUGAGGAUGACCUCAUUGCUCCGGGUGCUAAGCCCGGCACCGUCCCUACGGACGUCGAGCAGGCCACCGGUCUUGAGCGUCUGGAACUUGUCGGAAAGAUGCAGGGCAUUGACAUCUUCGACAUGAGACCCCUCGAUGCUUCCAGAAAGGGAACCCUUGACAACCCCAUCAUUGUCAAGAGCGCUGGUGACGAGCAGUACGCCGGUUGCACUGGAUACCCCGCAGACUCUCACCACGUCGUCUGGCUGACGGUAUCUCGUGAUCGUCCCAUUGAGCGCUGCGGCGAGUGUGGUAAUGUCGUCAAGCUGGACUAUGUUGGACCUGAGGAGGACCCCCAUGCUCACGAGCAUCACAGCCACCACCCCCCUCAGGAGGAGCCCAAGACUUUCGCCGACUACGUCAAGCCUGAGUACUGGUACCGGUAA